AUGAUGAAGAUGAUGAUGAGAGAAUGGAAGGAUAUUCCGGUUGAACUUCUGAUGCUGAUUUUGUCACUUUUAGAUGAUCAAACGGUUAUUACAGCUUCUCAUGUUUGUCAUGGCUGGAGAGAUUCUAUUUCUUUUGGUCUCACCCACUUAUCACUCUCAUGGUGUAGCAAGAACAUGAAUAACUUGGUGCUAUCUCUAGCUCCUAAGUUCACAAAGUUGCAAACUCUAAUCCUUCGUCAAGACAAGCCUCAACUUGAGGACAAUGCUGUUGAGGCUGUUUCAAAAUUCUGUCCCGACCUGCAGGUUCUGGACCUCAGCAAAAGUUUCAAGCUUUCGGAUCGUUCGCUUUAUGCUAUAGCUUUUGGUUGUUGUGAUCUUACAAAACUUAACAUCAGUGGCUGUUCGGCUUUUAGUGACAAAGCUUUGGCUUAUCUAGCUAGUUUAUGCAGGAAGCUGAAAGUUUUGAAUCUGUGUGGUUGUGUUAAAGCUGUGUCAGAUACUGUAUUACAGGCAAUUGGACAUUACUGCAAUGAGUUACAGUCUUUGAACCUUGGAUGGUGUGAACAAAUAAGUGAUGUAGGUGUGAUGAGUUUAGCGUAUGGAUGCCCUGAUCUUAGAACACUUGACUUAUGUGGUUGUGUCCUUAUAACAGAUGAAAGUGUAAUAGCAUUGGCAAAUAGGUGUCCUCAUCUGAGGUCACUUGGGCUAUACUACUGCAAAAACAUAACAGACAGAGCAAUGUAUUCAUUGGCACAAAGCAAAGUGAAUAACAAGAUGUGGGAAACUGUGAAUGGUGAAAAUGAUGAGGAUGGUUUAAGGACUUUGAACAUUAGUCAGUGUACAUCACUUACUCCUUCAGCUGUUCAGGCUGUUUGUGACUCAUUCCCUGCACUUCACACCUGCCCAGGAAGACAUUCACUCAUCAUUAGUGGCUGUUUGAAUCUUACAUCUGUGCAUUGUGCUUGUUGCGUCCGGCCUCACCGAGCUAUAAACGCUUUCCCUCACUCAGCUCAUUGA